AUGGUUGUUCCCUUGUCCUAUGGCCCUCCACUUUCCCUUGUUGUCGGUGGCCAAAAGCGUUCACGCGAUGAUUUGGACUCGAGUGAUGUGGCAGAGCCUGCCUCGAAGCGCCCUGCCCUUUUCACGGGCCGGGAUGAUAUGAGCUCUCAAGACUUUGACAUGGGUAACACUAACAUCUGCCCAUCUCCGGGCAAUUUCUGUUCAUCAUCUCCCAGCAACUCCCAUGUCCUUGGCCCACCCUCGCCGUCUCCAAGGGAUGCGGAUGAUUACAACAGCUGGGGGAUUCUACGGUGGGUGGGUGUAGAAGAGUACACCAAGGAAUCUCUUUGUAAAGAGAGAGGCGGAUCGUAUUGGUAUCGAAUGCCAUCUGUCCUACAAGGUCCUCCUUCGCCGACCACGUUCAAUGAGAAGCUUAUCCAAGAUAUGAACCUCUUUCCCGACAAGACAUUUUUCCGCAUCAGCGAGAUGAUAAAUGCCAGGAAAAACAUGUAUUUUGGUUCGCGCAAAUCAGUAUUUGAGCUGUUUGCACGGGUCGUUCAUACCGGCUGUGGCGGUUUCAAUUUCCAGACUUUCCAAUCUUUCAAACUCGGAGAUCUGUAUGGUGCGACACCCAACAUAGGUGGCAUUAUGAUGUUCAAGGGAAAAGAAAGCCCCAUCUACUGCGAAUCCAGCCCGUUUCUUGCAGCGACAAAGACCGAUGACAAAUGCUACUGCCUCUGCGAAGUGGUAGAAGACGGAAUGGCGGCGCUUGGCUGGUCUCUCUACAUUUACGAUAUACAACCCGUUACGUGGGAGAUCAUUCAAAGCGCCGACGCCAUCUUGAGCAACCGGGUUUAG